GGUGGUGCUGCAGGUGCUGCCGCUGGGAGCCUUAUCUCUGCUCCACACCCGGGCACUGCUUAUCGGGGGCCCUCGUGUGCCAUGGCGGGUGCCCCUCGCUGCUGCUGCCAGACAUCCCCUGGGAGUGAAGGGCCAUGACGGGAGCAGGCAGCGUGUGAGGGCAACGCUGGCAUGGCAGCUGUGGGGGGAAGGCAGAGCUGCACCAUCCCAAAUUGGGCUACAAACGUCUUAUUUUUAUACAAAAGCUUCAAAACACCCCACUGCAGCCUGGCACUGGGGGGCUGUUUUGAAGAUGUGUAGCAGUGGUGUUUCUUCCCUGCACAUGCAGCUGCAGUCCAAGCACAGUGUUCAGCACCCCUGUGGGGUGAGCUGGCAAUGCCUGUGCUGCCAGGCUGGCUCUACUGCCCUCCAUGCCUGACUGUGCCUGUGCCAAGGGCUUUCCUGUGGUUGACCACAAAAGACUUUCACAGGCAGGCUCUGCACCUCUAUCCUGCCUGCUGAGUGCCAGUGGUUUGUGAGCUGCCUGGGUUGUGCUGGUCUCCCCUGGAGCAGAUCUGGAGGUCACAUAUGUGUGGUACUCUUUGCUAGAUCCCCCAAUGGUCCUGUGCUGUGUGGGCCAUCUACACCCAAGAGUUUGGCAAAGCCCAUUCUCUGCACCCCCCAAUGUAUCCUUGCCCCAAGCCCUGGUGGAAUUUGACUGGAUAUUGGCAAAAGGUUCUUCCCCCAGAGGGUGGUUGGCACUGAACAGGCUCCCCAGGGCAGUGGGCACAGCCCCAAGGCUGCCAGAGCUCCAGGAGGGUUUGGAUGAUCCUCUGGGGCACAGGGUGGGAUUGCUGGGGUGUCUGUGCAGGGCCAGGAGUUGGACUGAUGAUCCUUGUGGGUCCCUUCCAAGUCAGGAUGUUCUGUGAUUCUAUGAAUGCCAUCCUGGAGGUUACCCAGGGAUGUCACAGAGUGGGGACAAAGCCCAGGGUGGCAUUGAAAGCGUUGUGCCAGACCCUGCCCCUUGCCAACCCUUGCUCUGGUCCUUCCUGGCUCUCUUUAGGGCAGAAUGCCAAAUUCUCAGUGUUUCUGCCAGAGCUGGUGCUGAGUUGGCCUGCACGUGGUUGAGAGGGGUGAGGAGUCCCGGGCUUGUGGCUGCUGAGCUCUGGAGCUAUGUCCUUCCCCUCGGGAAUGCUUCAGUGUCGGGCCCUGCUACCAGCCAGGAAACAGAGGCACAAACCAGGAGCAGCCAGCAGGUGUUUGGGGCUCCUCGUGCUGUCUCCUGUUGCUCUUCUGAAGCAAGCUGGAGGCAACGGCAGGGAAAUACCCUUUCUACCUCACCAAUGGGCUGUGUCCACCUUUUCCACAGGCUUUCCAUCUGGGAACAGCAAUGCAACGUGGGCAGGAAUGGGCUUAUCCUGCCUGCCACAGGCUCCUGCUUGCCCUGCCCAGGCUGGCAUCCAGGACUCUGCCAGCUUGUCCCAGGAGGCCUCAGCCAUGUGCUGGAGGCUUCUGCCAUGUCAUGGUGACACAGCUGGAAAUAAGUGUGUUGCCCUGGAUGCUGCUUGUGGGCUGGGGGCUUUGAGGUGGGUGCCAGCCUGGGUGGGGGCUGGAGAGGCAGUGCCAUGGCUGGGCAGGGGCUUCUGGUACCCAUGGGGUGAAGGAGGGAGUCCACCUCCAUAGUGGAGGUGAUUAUGGUGCCCUGGCAGCCUUGGGGCUGAUGCUGGCCAAUGGGCAUCCCAAGGCUGAAAUGGGUUGGGGUUGUGCUAACACAGGGAGGGACAGUCCUGCCCUGAGCAUUGUCAGAUACUGUUCAGGCUCUGCCAUGCAGCAUAUGGACUUGACUUCCUCUAGAGGUUCCUUGUGUGGAUACCUGAUACCUGCCCCAGUGUGGGAUCACCAUCCAGCCUGGCCAAUCCUGCUCCCGAAACUGCCACCUCCCCUUCUCCUCCUGCUCCCAGAGCUGCUGCCAACCCUGCCCAGUGCUCUGGCAGCAUGUGCCCGGGAUCAUGGGGUGGCUUCUGUUUAACCUGAAGCUCUCCAAGGUCAUUCAGGGACAACUUCUCCCUGGUCCCACAUCCUCUUUGCCAGACCCACUUGCUGAUGAGCAGAGCAAACACACUGUGCUGCUGGUACCCUCUGGGCAACCUCCAAGGCCAUAGGGAUUAUUUCUGACAGUGUUCCUUUGUGCUGUUCCUGAGAUGGUUUAUUUAGCCUAAUCCAAAACUUCCUGAAAGCCCCUGGAUGCUGUGUCAGCUGGAUUACCCUUCCCAGCCAUCUAUUGGGCUGUGGCAAGUCCUCAUAACCUGCUUUAGGCAAGUGUGAGCUCCCAGGUCCUGAGUUCAACCUUGAGGUUGCUCCUUUCUGGAUAUAACCUGCCAGGAGCGUUUGGGCAGUGCCUGGAGAUGGAUCCUGCUCUGAGAGACUUGCUGUCAGUUUGCAAACUGGAUGGCCAGGUACAAGCGAGGUUCAGUGGCACUUGGUGGACAAGGGAAUGGCUUUGCUGGCCAAGAUUAAUAUUGCAAAGCGAGCAACUGAUAUCUAGGACGGAGUUAUUUCUUCAGCUGGAAGAAGCUUCCUUUAUUUUGCUUGUUGCAGAAGAACAAAGUGAGCACUGUGGCACCGCUUUAAAUGCCCCCCUGGGGGAUGAAGGAAGGGUUGGUGCAGUCAUGCAGCAGGAAUGCUCCUGGGAAGGGUGUGUUUGUUGUUGGGAACACAAAACCAAGCUCCAAGGGUGCUGUUUGCUAGUUGAGCUGUGUACCUUCACUGGAGGAGUGCUCCCGGCCGCUUGUUCCCAGCACCUCGGAUGUUGGGCCCAAGUGUGCCUUGGGCUCAGAGCUGUCCUCAGCUGCAGCUGGAACCUGUCCACAGGACCCAUGUCUGUGUGUCCUCAUGUCACAGCAGGGCCAUUCCCUGUGCCACACUGUCUGCUCCGAGAGGACCUGCCACCUGCUGAGGGCUUUGCUGGCACAUUCCAUCCCUAAGUGUAUGAUCUCUUCUCCUUCCUUUCAUUCACUUUCUGUAUUCAGGGCCAGAAAGCUGCUUUUCCUGUCCUCAGGGGAACAGAAUCAGGGAGCAGAGCCUGCUAGGUGGGAUACCUUCUGUUCCUUGUGAGCUCCAGCUGCUUCUGCCCCAGCUCACCUCAGGCUUUGUGGCACUUUGAGCCAUGUGGAGCUGUUUCUGGCUCCAGGAAGCCAGAGGGAAUGGCUUGUUUAUGCUUCCAGCAGCUCCUAAUCCCUGUCACUGGGUUUCCAUUUGGAACAACAUGUCCUGGGACCAUGCCACAUGCCUCUCUGCUCUCUUGUCCAGACCUACUGUCUCUGGAUGGGUGGCUUUGCUGUUUCCCUCACAAUGUGCUUCCCCCUCCUUGGGCACGGCCAGUUUUGGGACAGUGAUGCCAAGGCAGAGACCUCCUGGAGGAGAUGGCUCUGCUGUCACUCAAGGCUGCUCUUCAUGGGCUGGCCCUGUUUCUGAAUGAGACCUCAGGUCUGUGGCUGGGUUUAAGAUGUCAGCAAGAAGGCUUAGCUGCUCAGGCUCAGGGAGUAUCUCAUGACUUGGCCUGCAUCCCCCAAUAUACCAGAGCCCUGUUAUCUCUGUGGCAGGAGAGCUUGGACUUAAAAUUACAUCUGGGGUCAACUGGAGUUGAAGCUGAGAUGUUGUUUGUGAGUUGUUGGCUGAUGCCAAGGCACAGAGGAGUGUCCUGAGGCAGCAGGACAUCCUUGGCUCCAUGUGCUCUGGGUCUGGAGCAGGUUUGUGCUUUGUGGUCCAGCUGCAGGUGCCAUCAAGGUGGGGAGGCACUGGGUUGAGGUUUGCUGUUACCACAGCAAGGACCAUGAGCUGGUUAGAGAUGGAGCAUCCCAGCCGCCACCAGGGCUUACCUUGUUCUCGCCACAGGAUGGACUCUUGGAGAGCAGCUCUGGACUCUGGGACAGAGCAUCCUUGCUGUGCUGCCUCAUGGCCUCCAGGUCUUCCCUGAAUGGAUGGUAAAGCCCCAUUCUCUUCCACAAAUGCGUUUGGGGCAUCUUAUCUGCCAGCUGGAUCCCACCAGUAAUGGGAUGGUGAGGGAAGAGCAGGGUCCAGCACCAGGAUGGUGGCACAGGAGCCUCAGAGCUGCCCUGGCCACCAGUGUGGGGUUGCAGGGGAUUACUGACCUGGCCCUUAUCUUCCCUGUUUCUCUUCUUAGCUCCCGCACCUCUGCAGCCGAGAAGGACUUGGGAGGAGCAGAACAAAAGGAGAAGCAAUACCGAGCCCAUCAGGGAUUUGGGGAUCACCAUGGUGGGGUCACCAGUGCCCACACCUAUUUCUACGCGGAUGAGGCCAAGUGUGACCAGCACAUGGAGACUUUCCUCCGCUGCAUCGAUGCCUCAAGUGGCAGUUCAGAGGACGGCUUCUCUGCCAUCAAGCUGACGGCGCUGGCCAGACCUCAGUUCCUGGUGCGGUUCUCGGAGGUGCUGGUGAAGUGGCGGAGGUUCUUUCUCCAAAUGGCUGCGGAGCAGGGCCAGGCUGGGUGGGCAGUGCUGGAGAUGAAACUGGAGGUGGAGAAGCUGCAGGAGGCACUGGCCAACCUCGGCAUUGUGAGCAAGGCAGAGAGCCAGGAGUGGUUUGUGGGCGAGAGCCUGGGCACAAGCAGCACUGUGGACCUGCUUCACUGGAACAGUGUGUUGGACAGGCGCACCAAGAUCUCCAAGCCUCUGCUCAUCCCCAACAGGCAGACUGGGCAGCUUGAACCUUUGUUCUCACGCUUCAGUGAGGAGGAGGAUCUGCAGAUGAAGCGGGUGCUGCAGCGCAUGGAUGUCCUUGCCAAGAGAGCCAUGGAGAAGGGUGUGAGGCUGAUGGUGGACGCAGAGCAGAGCUACUUCCAGCCAGCCAUCAGCCGCCUCACCGUGGAGACACAGCGCCGCUUCAACAAGAACCAGCCCAUAAUCUUCAACACCUAUCAGUGCUACCUGAGGGAGGCUUACGACAACGUGACAGGGGACGUGGAGCUGUCCCGCCGGGAGGGCUGGCACUUUGGCACCAAGCUGGUCCGUGGCGCCUACAUGGAGCAGGAGCGGGAAAGGGCGGCUCAGAUGGGCUAUGAGGAUCCCAUCAACCCAACCUAUGAGAAGACCAAUGAGAUGUACCACAGGUGCCUGGACUAUGUCCUGGAGGAGAUCAAGCACAGACGGAAAGCCAGCGUGAUGGUGGCAUCUCACAAUGAGGACACAGUGAAGUUCACCCUGCGCAGGAUGAUGGAGCUUGGGAUCCAUCCCUCAGAGAAGAAGGUGUGCUUUGGGCAGCUGCUGGGCAUGUGUGACCAGAUCACCUUCCCCCUGGGCCAGGCUGGCUUCCCCGUGUACAAGUACGUGCCCUACGGCCCCGUGAACGAGGUGCUGCCCUACCUGUCCCGCAGGGCCCAGGAGAACAGGGGCUUCAUGCACCGGGCGAACCGGGAGCGGGACCUGCUCUGGAAAGAGGUCAAGAGGCGCCUCCUCGCAGGAAACCUCUUCAGCCACUGACCCCAACCCCGGGGCUCCUGUGCCUUCAGCCAGAACCACUGUCACCAUUCCCCAUCCCACUUGUGCUGCAGCUCCCCCUAGCACCCUGUGCCUUUUGAGAGAAGUGUCCUUGUUGCUGUUGAACCACGCACACCUUCCGGCAGUCACUGCUGCGGGGUUGCCCCAUCUGGCACUGCCCCAGGGAUGUCCCUCUGCCAUCCCACAGCCUCCUGAGCUGUCCCAGGGGGUAAUGCUGGGGCUCUCCUGCCAGCCCUGCCCCAUGCCUUGGUGAACACUGUCCCGGAGUUUCCCCCUGGUGGGAUUGUGCAGGGAGAUUGACCUGUCUGCUUCGUGCCAUGGGCUCAGGUACAGGUGGGCUGGGUGACCUGGGCACCAGCUGGGGACAAACCAGAAGCAUCUCCAGCCUUGGCUGGGGCUUUGUCUCUUCCACACCUGUGAAAGGGCUGGAUUAGUCCCUGCUGCCUGUCCCAGGACAGCCACUCCCUGCCUGCUCAGCAGCUUUGCACUGAUCAGAGCUGGGCAGGUCCAGGCUCUCCCCCAUCCCCCAGGAUAAGCUGAGCCAAAACCUCCUGGGGUUGUCCAUCCUCAGGCUCAUGUCCAGUGGAGCAGGAGGGGCCAGGGGCACGGGCUGGCCCCAUCCCUGUGCCAUUCCUGCCCUGCCCACAGUCCCUGGCUCCAGUGAUGGACCAGGGGCUGUGGGAGCACCCAGAGCGGGACCACAGCUCAGCUGUGCUGUACACUGGAUUUGCAGAGAAUGGAAAUGAUUAAAUCACAACUGUUCCUGC